AUGAAGGUCGGUUUGCUGCUUGCCACAGCGUUGGGCGGACCCACCUACGACUGGCAUCGGCCGCCUAGCGAGCCCAUCAUCAUCAGCGAGCAUAACGUGGAUUACGACAUUGUGAGAGAGGAUGUCAAGAUCGCCAAAUUCCUGCGGCUGCCGGUGUCGGUUCGAACCAAGCAUGAGGUGGUGAAGCCAGUAAUGCUGGCGAGGUUGAAUAUCGAGGGAGAGCACGACGCCUUUGCGGUUUUCAGCCACCGGAGGCGAUUUGGAGGUAGCACACACGUGCGCUACGAAUAUAGUAAUUUUUGCGAAUGGCUCCACAAUGAUAAAGACCAACAAUUACGAAUACCCCUACCAAACACCAACAUACUGAGGCGAGGAGACACUGAGAUCCGCGAUAUCAUGUUGUAUGUCGGGUAUGUUAACAGAGAUCAAGAGCGCAUAGCGGACGUUCGAUUGGAAGCCAGAGUCAUAAAUGAUACAAACUCCUCCACUGCUGCCUACGGCAAGGGCUGCGAAGUUUUUAGGUAUGAGAACACGAUACCGGAGCUGGUGCGUAUUGCGGAUGCCCACGGAUACAAUACAGACGUUGUGGUAAGAACGAAUCAAACAUCUAUGGAUCUAGGUACUUUGAAUAAUGACAGGUUCAUUUCGGUGACACUCGACAUCCCUCGCUACCUUCACGCAAUCCACAAACCCAAAUUGACUUUGACACUAACUGCCCCAAGACCAACUAACAAGUCGCUGAGCCAGUCUGGGCUAGAUAAACCGCCAAUCGAUAAGCCCCAAUUAAGCGCUGCUUCAGCAUCUAGUCCGAACGUACCACGCGAUCCGCUUGCCCACCAGAGCCGAUACCCGGGACCUUCGCUUCACGGACACCAACAUUGGAUGCCCCGACGCAAUCAGGAAGAACCGCUCCAGACACAGGCCUUGGUCGAGGCCCAAGCUCUGGUCGAGGCCCAAGCUCUGGUCGAGGCCCAAGCCUUACUGGAUAAACGAAGGCAACUGCGGAUCGAACAUGACCCGGCUUCCCAGCCCCUUGCCGCUGGGGGACUCAGCGAGUUACAGAGUGUCCUUCCGGAUGCGGAUAGACCACCCCACGGAGGAGGACUCCUUUACGCAAGACCAUCUUAUGGCGAGCCCCCAUACGGAGGACCGGUUUACGGAGGACCCCCUUACGGAGGACCCCCAUACGGAGAACCCGCUUACGGAGGACCGGCUUACGGAGGACCGGCUUACGGAGGACCGGCUUACGGAGGACCCCCUUACGGAAGACACCCUUAUGGAGGACCACCAAUCCCAUACGGAAAGCCGUCAUAUGGAGGACCUCCAGUGCCAUACGGAGGACAGCCACCCCUAUUCGGUGGACCACCGCCACCAUACGGGGGAGCAGUGCUACCCGGGCCCGAUUCUUUUCGCCCCGUUCCUUUACUCCCCCGGCAAGAGGCCAGCGAUCAAGACAUCGAGACGAUGCUAAGCCAGUUCAAAACGAUAUUGGUUCCGUACACCAAUGACAAUAUUUGGGAAGGUAUAGUUAUGAAGCCACUCGAGGCUUCGGUUGAUGACGAGGGAAUAAUUCAGGUAGGGUAUGACCUAUCGUCAUUGGCCGAUGAUAUUUACCGAGCUAAGAAUAUGUUCUCUGAUCGGUCGGUGGUGAUGUCGUUAUUCAUUUUCGAUUUGACAAGAAGGUCCAACACGAACUUUCACGUCCAAGCCCGGUUGGUCAUGAACGAUGCCCCACCAAAAGUGCUUCUCGUAGCUGCAGGAGAUCUGACAGGAGACGCCAGCUGGUUCAAUCCUCGAGACCUCGUGGUCGAAUGUUGCGUCUUCAUAUUCCUCAUUCUGAUUGUCCACACAUUAGCCACGGCGGUUGUACACCUUACAGAUAAAAAUGAUGGCUACGUUGUGAUGGAGAAUCGCGAAAUGGUAUGA